GCUGAGCCAGGGCGAGAGGAUCCAAGACUUGCAAGUGGCCUUGGGGAAGGCCGUGAAGGAAGCCAACUAUUUGAAGGCUCACUGGAUUCAACAAGAACUGCAACAAAUGGGCGCAGCUGACGCUUCGGUUCCUGCCCCACUUCCAGAGGCCUUUGGGCUUUGGAGUGUGUUUCGCAGCAGCACCAGCCAAGCACUGUGUGGAGGAGUGGCUGGUGCUAGUGCAAUGGCCUUGCAAAUCACUUCGCUGAUGUGGCUUCGGACCAUCAUGAACUACCAGUACCGCUAUGGCAUGACGAUGCGCGAGGCGAUGCGGGACCUGUAUGUGCAGGGCGGCCUCCCGCGCUUUUAUCGCGGCAUCGGGCCUGCCCUGGUGCAGGGGCCAUUGAUGCGCUUCGUCGACUCUUCCGCCAAUGCCGGGGUGUUGGCCUUUUUCCAGAGUGCACAUGCAGAGAAUUGGCCGGUUUGGAUUCAGACCAUUUUUGCGUCCGCCUCCGCCGCAAGCCUCCGCAUCGCGUUGAUGCCUCUGGAUGCCGUGAAGACGGUUCUGCAGGUUGAUGGUCAUCAUGGGCUCGCGCAGCUCUUUGCCCGAUGCCGGGCUGGAGGAUCUUCCGUGCUUUUUCGUGGGGCCAUGGCAUCUUCUGCUGCGACCUUCGUCAGUCACUACCCGUGGUUCACAGUCUUCAACUGCCUCAAUCGCCAGCUGCCCCAGUACGAGAAGCGCUCCCAGCAGCUGCUGCGGAAUGCGGGGAUUGGCUUUUGUGCUUCCGUCUGCUCUGACACUGUGUCCAACUCCCUACGGGUGUUGAAGACGCACCGGCAGACGCACGAUCAGGGCUCCUACCUUGGCAUCGCACAGGCAGUCAUCCGCACGGACGGGGUCACUGGCUUGCUGAGCAGGGGAUUGACCACACGCCGCUUGGGCCAAGAGCGGCCACGCAUGAGAAACCCAAGUGGUUUUGUAGUUGGAGUCUUGCAUUUGCAGGUGUAUUUGCAUGUGAUUUGUGAAUAAUGGAUCUCAGAUAGGCUUCAGAUUCAUCACUGUUUUGGGGAACCUCGUUGCUGGGACUUGGGAUGUUGUUGAACUGUGGAGGUAGUAGUGUGGAACUCCGCUUUCCUCUUGUCACUCGUAGACCCUCAUGGGGCUCAUUACCACCUUCUCAGGGACAGGUUGGAUAGGUGGAAGUUUCCUUUCUUUUGAACAUGGUUGUGUGCUCACGUCACCAAACUCAACCGCGGGUGUGUUGCAGAC